GCCAAGAUUGCGACUAAUAUGCGGAUUACGCGGUUUCCUCGGCUUGACAAAGCGUUCGGCAAUGACGGGAAAGUGGUCGCGGAGUCUGUCGUCAAACAAGAAAUGAUCCCAAACGUAUACGCGGAACGCGGCAUGCACAGUUCUACGGCCAAGAUAGAUGAAGAGGAAAUAGUUAUGUGGAUGGCAAGCCUCCAUCCUAUCGCCUCUCUUGUGCGUGUCGCAGGGGAGAACGAGACUCCGAAUGUCCAGCUGAUGGAGCGCGGUGGAAAGCUUCUUUGCAGAACUUCGACACACUCCAUAACCCCUAGACAAGAAAACGUCAAGGGAAAAGGGCGCGCAGACGGUAAGGCUGUCGACUACGACUCUGGCGAUUCCGACAUCUUACUGAGCGACUCAUUAAUGGAACUAGACUUUGACUCCAGUCCUCUGGCGGUCAUCAAGGCGGGCGAGCCGCUGCUAAGGGCUGCGGAAGUGGCGCCGUUGGUACUUGAUACUGAUAUUGAGUCUGAGGAGUGGGAGCUGUUCCUGAAAGAGGAGAGCAAUGCGUCUAGCGCUGCCGGGACGCAGGCCGAGUCGUCGAUCUUGUUUGCUGGGGAUACGAUGCUCGAUGCUGAUGAGACAGAGUGGGGAGAUGACUUUGCGAUAGACGAUGAAGACUUCGAGGCUAUAAUGAUGAAGCUGAAGGCGGACGGAGUCGAGGACGAGGAGUUUGAGGAUGACGAUUUCAUGGACAUCGACGGCUCGUGAUUAUUCAAUAAGCGGGCUGGCUGAAUAUUGCUCCGGAUUGGGGUUUGGCGGAGUGGAGCGGCUGCUGGAACGGCGAACAUUUUCCAUUUGUUUGGAGAAUGUGGCGGACUAGCGGCUUUGGGCUCGACGGUUUUGCACGUCGAGUGAUUAAUAGGUCAUCUUUUCUCUGUGCGUUCUUGUACAGUACAUUAUAUCCACCGACUGGCCUCGGGCUCGUCUAGCGCAGACCAAAGUGACUGGCUUAAUGGCAGGAUUCAAAGUCUGCUUUGAAUGCAAAAAUACCUCUGCUUUGA